UCGUAAGUUUUCGCCUGGGGUCGCUUAGGUGGUAAACAUAACCACAAAAAGUCCUAUUUCUUCUUGAAGCCCCAAUUUUAUUUUCCGCGAUUAGGGCAAAUGGGCUAAUCAUUGUGCCAAUAAUGUGAUGGAAAAUCCGCCAAAAUGACUGAACUCAGAGAAUCUCGCUUCAAGAGCUACAUCGACGAGGAGGAGUUUGCGUCAAUCAACCUCACCGACGAACAGAAAACCAAAUUCCUCGAUGGUGAAACUGUGGUCUGUGAGGCACAAAAAGUGCUGCUUUACGCCCCCCUCAGUGAUAGAAAGAAGGCAACUUUAGGAGUAUUAACAGUCACUACGUUUAAAUUAUCAUUCGCUAGUGCUGAAGACAGAGACGGUGAUAACUGUUACCAACAGAACUUUUUGCUGGGCCCCAAUGACGCCUGCUUGUCUUCCAUCGACACGAUUUACCAAAUCGGCGAUAAGUCGCGCAAAAAGCUAACGCCCGGGCAAAACGUGUCCGGGAAGAUUAAAGAACUGUUAAUUAUUUGUAAAAACAUGCGAGCGCUGGAAUUCAGUUUCAAACUUGCGGAUAAAGAUAGCGGCAAGAACGUGACGAAUGCGUUGUUACAUCACGCUUAUCCCAAAAGACACAGCUUGUUGUUUGCUUAUGACUACAAGGAGCCUUCAGUUACCUCAUUGACUAAAGAAGUCUGCUUGUUCCGCAAGCGCGAAAACUGGAAAAAAGAGCUCGAACGGACGAAAUGCAAGCAAUGGAAGGCGACUGUUGUUAAUGAAAAUUUCCAGAUUUCUCCCAUGAUGAUGUCCACUCUAAUUGUACCUCACUCGCUUACAGAUGAUACGCUAACGAAGGCAGUUGAACAUUUCAGGAAUCGCUGUUGUCCAGUUUGGGUGUGGGGCACAGCUCGAGGGGCCGCUCUAGUCAGAAUGGCGGAUUUGUUACCCACAAUCCAGGACCGCACUCAGGAAAACACCCUCCUGGAGCACAUCCGUAAAAGCCACCCUGAGAAAAAGCAACCCCACAUUAUCGACCUGACAAAGGAGUGUCCCUCACCGAAAGAAAUCCAAACGAGCUUCCUCAAAUUACGCGACCUUUGUGUACCUGAAAACACCCGAAUUUUCAAAAGCCAGGACUUCAAGUUCUACGGUUUGCUUGACUCCACGAAAUGGAUAAGUUACGUCUCCACUUGUCUCUCGAAAGCCGUCGAAGCCGUGAGACAAAUAAACAACAAUACCACUGUAGUAUUACAAGAAGGAAACGGCCAAGACCUCAAUUGUGUCAUCUCAAGCCUGGCACAACUGAUGCUUGACCCCUACUUCCGUACGAAAUUCGGAUUCCAGUCCCUGAUUCAGAAAGAUUGGGUCGCCAUGGGACACCCGUUUGGCCACCGUCUGGGCCACAUUUUAAGCAAAGAAGUCGAACAGUCGCCCAUUUUUCUCCUAUUCCUGGACUGUGUCUGGCAAAUCACCCAGCAAUACCCAACGGCGUUCCAAUUCAGCGAGACUUACCUGACCACAGUGUGGGACUCAGCCCACACUUCGAUUUUCGACACGUUUUUGUUCAAUUGCGAACACGACCGAAUCAUCGCCGAGUGUGGGACUUCGGGGCACAACCCCCUAAUCCUGCGCAGUGUGUGGGACUGGAGCGAGCAGUUUUCGGAAAAAGACAUCGCGCUUUUUUGCAAUCCUUUAUUCGACGACAGUUUUCGCGAGAGGCUCGAGCCGAGGACCAGCGUGGCUCACUUGGACGUCUGGAUGCAGUGCUACUUCCGGUGGUUACCCGACUUGGAGAUUCGCAAUGGGGGGAAGCCCCAAGUCGACCUCUGCAACCGGUUCAUCGUUUCGGAGAUCUUCGAGUUGAAGGAGCGGAUUGACAGUGGUGAGGUGAAUGGCAAGUCGAGUCGGAAUAAAGAGGAUAUUUCCGAAUUGUUGCGCAAAGUGAACAGUUUUUUUCCGUUCAGUCGAAACAACGGACAAGUGGUGGGCACACUGCCCAUUAAUAAUGUCUUACUUACGGGGGACCUGCUCGAUUCCCAGUCCAUACUUAACUUAAACAAUGAUUGAGUGCCUGUUUUUUUACAAUACUUCCAGCAUAUUUUUUUUAUUAACGGUGAUAAUUUGUGAGAAUAAUUUUAAGUUAAGGAACUUGGUAACACCAUAGCUUUAACGUUUUUGUUCGUACGUAAUUCCAGUUGGAACAAACCAAAUAAUUUGUUUUA